UCCCUCUCUCUCUCUCUCUCUCUCUCUCUCUCUCAUCCUUUCCACUGCGCGGGGAUCUGCACUCCCGGACUUUCUCGCGCUCACCCGCUAAAAGGCGGGAGAAUCUGCGGCACCUCCGGACUCCAGCCCGCGGGAUUCAGCACGGAUUAUCACGACCACUUUAGCGGAGGUUUGCGGCGAUUUCACAGCGCGCAGAGACGCAGCGGUGGAUCCGAAAACGGCGCUUCACAAUAAAGUCGCAGGCGGUAAGCUGAUUCCCUCUAAGCAUAUCUUCAUGUAUGAUCAGACAGAACUCUCAGUGUCCAGUCCAUGGCUCUUCCCUGCCUCUGACACUCCCUCCUCACCCUCUUUCUCCCUCAUAAAGCGCUAAACGGCCGUCUGUGCUUGCUCCGUCUCCGUGUAACCAUGUCAUCCGCAGUUCGAGCUUUGUUGCUUGUGCUGCUAGGAGCCGGGGUCCUGCUGUCCAGUGGUGACUCCCCCCGCCGAGAGAUUAAGAUAGACGGGGAUUUGGUCCUGGGAGGCCUCUUCCCUAUCCACGAGAAGGGUCUUGGCAUGGACGAGUGCGGCCGCAUCAACGAGGAUCGGGGCAUCCAAAGGUUGGAGGCCAUGCUCUUUGCCAUAGACCAGAUCAACCGUGACGUCAGCCUGUUGCCAGGUGUAGCCCUUGGAGUCCACAUCCUGGACACAUGUUCUAGGGACACCUACGCAUUGGAGCAAGCACUGGAGUUCGUCAGAGCUUCACUGACCAAGGUGGAUGACAACGAGUUUAUCUGCCCUGAUGGCUCUUAUGCCUUCCAGGAGGACAGCCCAUUGGCUAUUGCUGGGGUUAUCGGAGGGUCCUAUAGCAGCGUCUCCAUACAGGUUGCCAACUUGUUGCGCCUUUUCCAGAUCCCUCAGAUCAGCUAUGCCUCCACCAGUGCUAAGCUCAGUGACAAAUCACGCUACGACUAUUUUGCUCGCACAGUCCCCCCGGACUUCUACCAGGCAAAAGCCAUGGCUGAGAUCCUGCGCGCCUUUAACUGGACCUAUGUCUCCACGGUGGCCUCUGAGGGCGACUAUGGUGAGACUGGCAUUGAGGCCUUCGAGCAGGAGGCCCGUAUGCGGAACAUAUGCAUUGCCACAUCAGAGAAGGUGGGCCGCUCCAACGCUAAGCGCUCCUCAUAUGAAGCAGUGGUGCGUCAGCUCCUGCAGAAGCCCACAGCCCGCGUGGUGGUGCUCUUCUUGCGCAGCGAUGAUGCCCGUGAGCUCUUAGGUGCCGCCACUCGUCUCAAUGCCUCCUUCCUGUGGGUGGCCAGCGAUGGCUGGGGGGCGCAGGAGAGCAUCGUCAAAGGCAGUGAGUUUGCAGCAGAUGGAGCCAUCACCCUGGAGCUGGCGGCCCACCCAAUCCUCGAAUUCAAUCGUUACUUUCAGAGCCUCAAUCCACUCAACAACCACCGGAACCCUUGGUACAAAGACUUUUGGGAGCAGAAGUUCCAGUGCUCUUUGGGUGGGACGUCGUCAUCGGCAGGGCUGGGCACUCCCAAACCACCCUGCGACCCAGGGCUGGCAGUGGAGGAGUCCAACUUUGAACCUGAGUCCAAAAUCAUGUUUGUGGUGAAUGCAGUGUAUGCCAUGGCGCAUGCCCUGCAUCGCAUGCAGCGGACACUAUGUGCUAAUACCACACGUCUGUGCGACGCAAUGCGCAGUCUCGAUGGCAGGAGGCUGUACCGGGACUUUCUACUUCACAUCAGCUUCAGAGCUCCAUUCUCCCCUCCAGGAUCCGAGAACGUGGUAAAGUUUGACCAAUAUGGAGACGGCAUGGGUCGCUACAACAUCUUCAACUACCAGCGCUUGCCAGGCAGUGACAGAUACACCUAUGUCCAGGUGGGCGAGUGGGCAGAAACUCUCUCCCUCAAUGAGUUCCUGAUUGGUUGGCCACGUGGUGGUAUGAUGCCAACAUCCCAAUGCAGUGACCCUUGUGCUCCCAACGAGAUGAAGAAGAUGCAGGCGGGUGAGUACUGCUGCUGGAUCUGCACGGCUUGUGAGGCCCACGAGUAUCUGCCUGAUGAGUUCACAUGUGCACCCUGUUCUCUGGGCCAAUGGCCCCGGGCAGACCUGAGUGGCUGCUAUGACCUGCCAGAAGACUACAUCAUGUGGGAGGAUGCUUGGGCCAUCGGGCCCAUCUCUAUUGCAUGUGUGGGCUUUGUUUGCACCUCCUUAGUCUUCAUCGUCUUCAUCCGCCACAAUGACACGCCCCUGGUCAAGGCCUCAGGCCGGGAGUUGUGCUACAUCCUGCUGCUUGGUGUCCUCAUGUCCUACACCAUGACCUUUGUCUUCAUCGCCAAGCCUUCACCGGCUGUGUGCGCACUGCGGCGUUUGGGCCUGGGCACCUCCUUUGCUGUCUGCUACUCAGCGCUGCUGACCAAGACCAACCGCAUUGCCCGCAUCUUCAGUGGAGUGAAAGAAGGUGGGGCACAGCGCCCACGCUUCAUCAGUCCCAGCUCACAGGUCUUCAUUUGCUUGUCACUCAUCUCCGUGCAGCUGCUGCUGGUAUCCGUUUGGCUACUGUUGGAGGUGCCAGGCACACGUCGCUUCACGCUGCCUGAGAAGCGCCAGACGGUGAUCCUCAAGUGCAACGUGCGUGAUUCCAGCAUGCUGCUGUCACUCAGCUAUGAUGUGGUGCUGGUGGUGCUCUGCACCGUCUACGCCUUCAAGACCCGCAAGUGCCCCGAGAACUUCAACGAGGCCAAAUUCAUCGGCUUCACCAUGUACACCACCUGCAUCAUCUGGUUGGCCUUCCUGCCCAUCUUCUAUGUUACAUCCAGCGACUACAGGGUUCAGACCACCACAAUGUGUAUAUCAGUGAGUCUGAGUGGGUUUGUCGUGCUGGGCUGCAUGUUUGCCCCCAAGGUCCACAUCAUCAUGUUCCAACCCCAGAAGAACGUGACCAGCCACCGGCUCAACCUCAACCGUUUCAGUGUCAGUGGUCCUGCCACUACCUACGCUUCACAUGCAUCUGUGGGUGCCCACUACGUCCCAACAGUGUGUAACGGCAGAGAAAUCGUCGACUCCACCACUUCCUCUCUGUGACCCCUCCUCCUCUAACUACUGCUCUUUAGUGACUGUUAGCCAAUCAGCACACAUUGUGCUCCAUCCAAGAACUCCGCCCGUCCACAGUGUGUAGAAAGUGUGUAUUAUUAUUAUUAUUAUUAUUAUUAAAUUAUUUUUUAGGGCUUGUACAUAUUAACUGACAUUGUUGUAGAGAAACAAAAGAACAAAAAAAACUUUCUAGAGUGAUUUUGGAGACUUUUGAUUUUUGAUAGCUUUACUAUGUCUGUUGUAAACGACUAUGAAAUGUGAGCACCGUUGCAAUAUGAUGCAUUUUCUGACUGAAAGAAGAAAAGAAGGUGACUGAUAAUAGUGGCCAUGCCUGCAAUACUGGAUAAACUGGUCGUUUUCUUUUGUAGGCCUCAUUGUAAUAAUCUAUUCUGUAUGUAUGUAUUUCUAUGUUGUAUAUUUUGUACAUAACCUUACUGAUGGUUUUAACAGCACAAGUUGACAGUGUUUUAGAAAAAACAAUGCUUCUGUUGAGAGGCUGAUGACAUUGGGGGUGUAUAGAGGAUGUAACGGGGGAAAUCUCAUGCCUUGACUUCCACAGUGUCUCAUUCCAAGCAGGGACAAUGGUCCUUUUAGUAAGCUAUCAUAUUGUCUGCUAAUGUGUUACAUGAACUGCUUCUCACAAAGCAUACGCACGCCUCUACAAAGUGGUCUUGAUUGUUAAACUUUUUAGUAACCGUGGAGUAUUUAUGACGUACGAAGCGUUUGAGGAGAUGGGAAUGAGUGUAAGUGGUAAUCCAUUGUUUAAUGGCUCUUUGUGCCUUAUCAUGUGUUCAGUAGUUUGAUAUGAAAGCUUCCUCUAGACCUCUAAGCAAGAGGUGGCUGAGCCAAUUUUUUUACAUCUGUCUUUUUUACAUCUCUGUGUUUUGUACAUUUCUACAUUCUGGUGUGCGUCGGGUUCGGGGUGGGUGGCGUUUUAUUUGACGGGUCGAUGACAAAUGUGUAGUCAUGUCACUGGUUUGUUUGGAGCUUGAUCAUAUUUUUAGCCUCAGCCAGUCAUGUCUUCUGAUCAUGGCAGUUUAUUCAAUUGUCAAGCUCCAUAAGUCAAAAUCAUUUUAGGUUUUUACGUGGAAUGACACACACAUGAUAACUUGACAUGGCAAAUAGACACAGAACAGUGACCUAGAAAGGCGGCAUUCAUUAUUCACCAUUGUAACAGCAAACACGUACAACUGCAUGUCAGCUAACAAGGAAGAUGUGGAAGUGAAUAUGCACAGCAGAGUGACAAAAGUAGAAGAAACUUACAACUGCAUUUUACAAUUGUUAUGAAAGAAAGAGGUAACUGCCAGAUCAACAACACAGACUUUGUCUUCCAGUAAGAUAAUGCGCGCACACACACAGACACACACACUCUUACACACAUACACAAACAUGUACACAGUGGCGUAACUAGGAUCUUACGGGCCCCAGUGCAAAAAAUUUGUGGACCAUUUUUUAGACAGUUACUUUAAAUUAAUUAAAAAAUGGCAAAGUAAUUUUCUUAUUUACCCAGUAUUGAUUCAGAUUCAUAAACUGCAUAGCUAGAUUUAUAGUGACAAGCGAACAGCAUGGCCGUAACACAUUCACUUGUUCAUAAAUGAGGACUACAGGCAUGUUUUAGCACUUGUGCAAUAUAAAUGUUAUUUCAAUAUGGCAAUAGCCAUUAAAUCCUGUGAAAAAUAAAGACAACCAUUCAGUAGUAGUAAUUUUUCCCAGUAAAUGUUUUGAAAACCCCCCUCCUGUGUAUGUAAAGCAGAUUUAGCUUGUAAUCUAACUAAAUGAAGAGUAAUUUGAUAUGUUCAGAUUCGAAUUACUUUGAACUGAUUUUUAGAGCAACUAAUUUAAAUUUUUACUUCUCCUUUUCAAUUUAAGGAAUUCAAUUUACAGUAAAAAAAUGACUUUUUACUAGUCAUAAUUACUAGUUAAACUCAAUUUUCACCUUUGUAAACUGAAUUCCUGAGAUCAAGAAAAAUAGUAAAUAAAAGACAAAAUUGACUUGUAACCCUUACUAGAAUUUCAACAGGUCUUCCUAAUUUUUAAUUAUAAAAUUGAAUUCCUGUAUGUAAAAAUAUUACUGUAGUCAAAAUGAAUUGGAAAAAGUCUUCAAUUUUUACACUUGGGAAAUUGUACAUGGAAAAAUAUAAGUCCUAUUAAAUUUUCAAUUUAAAGAUGUUAUAAUAAACUAUUUUAUACAUCAAUUUUUUCCACGAGCAGCAACAUUUUCUGAAAAGGAAACUAUUUUUUCUUUAAAAGUUACAUUUAUUCUAUUUUACUAGUAUUAACUAGUAUUUCUUUCUUUAAAAUAUGUUCUUUCUGUAAAAUAUGCUCAGUUCUGAGAACUUUAGCUUUCUUUGUUACUUUGUUUUCAUGACCUUUACUCACUUGGGCAGCCAACCAGAGCAUUUUCCAUUGCGUAGAGCUUACCACUGAGUUUUAUAAUCUGGCCCAGUAUGUCUCUUACAAGUUGAUACUCUAAAAGCAUGCCACUCCACCAACUAGGAUCUAAUGUUAGCCUGAAUGUCUACAUUAGACUACCUACUUAAGAGUUUGUAAUUGUAUCUAAUGAAUAUAUAGUGUUUGUUUGUAAAGGACCUGUUUCAAAACAUUUGCCAUGGAUGAGCUGUGAGAUAAAUAGACAUCGGGCUGUUUGUAUAGUAUUGAUGGAAGCUAACACAUUUCAUCAGCAGAUGCCUUCAGAUAGAACAGUUAUUGUUAAUAUUAGUAAUAUUGCCAAAUGUUAAAAAUGUUCAGUUGAAUGCCUCAGAAACCCAUGCCAGGCAUCAACUUGCCUCAGAGCCCAACAAACUGCAUCACUUUCCUCAUGGCCAGCAGAGCUAAAAAAGCAGUGAUUCUUCACAACCCACAUGUGGGAGCACUUUCAUCUUUCGUACAAUAAGAAAAAAGCUCAGUGCAAAAUUUGUAAUGAGGUUAGUAAACAAUGAAGGCAUGACAAGUUUGAUGAAUCACCUUAAAUGUAAUCACUGUCCAAAGAAAAACAAGUAUCUCCAAAAUAGUAACAUUACAGCAGUAGACAAAAACACUCUUCACUUUUCAAAGUAAGUUAAUAUAAAGAGAUUUUAUUCCAAGUGAUUUUAGAGCAUUUCUCUUGGUCCAUUCAUCACAAACUUGCUCACAAUCUAAAGGACAGCUGGUGUGUUGAAAUGAUAUAGAAAAAUUAAAAAAUUGAGCUACCUGGAGAUUUUUUUUCUUUUGACAGUGAUAUGUAAGUUUAGUGAUCCUUGUCCAAGUUCUGUCAUGUUUGCAGUCCACACAGCCACGGCUCAGUUCCAUCAAGUAAACAUUUCACAGAGGAAUUUUAGUUUUUUCCUCUUUUUUUAAUUAACCAGUGGGUUUAGAGAAAAUUGUAAUAAUGUUAAUGUUUUUAUUGCUGUGUCAGAGAAAAUUAGGAUUCACACAGCACAGGAGUUGCUCUGAAACACUUCUUGUGUUCUGACAAAUAUGCGUCUAACGUGGCCAGCGUGGACUGAACCACUUUUUUAAAUGGAAGCAUACCUUUUGCAUCAGAUGAAUGGCUGCAAAUGAUACUCCUGUUUCUAAAAAUACUCAGAGUACUCAGUACAUAGUAAGAUACUCAAGUACUCAGAUAUUAAUGAGUAUUAAAAGCCUGUAAAAUACUGUUCAGGCAAACCAUAUCGUGAUGUUGAGACACUGGAUCUUUCUGUGAGUCAUGGGUGUAUGUCAAUAUGAGGUGCCCAAUAAAAUAUCUAAGGGCCCAGUUGCUGAGGGCCCCCCUGCACCAUGGGCCCCAGGGUGAUUGCCCCCCUCUAGCAGUUACACCACUGCUUGUACAGUAUUUAUACAUUACACAUCCCAGCAGCAUUUAGUAGAUCUGGACAAAAGAAUUGCUUACUCUGAUUUACAUUUUUCACUGUAAAUCUGUCAUUUGUCUUACAAUAUUAUGCCACUGAAGGCCAAGUGCAGGACUAAACACUGCAAGACAGGAGUGGAGAACUAAAAAGAUAUAGAGUUAGUGUUGGAAGUAAAUGUAAAAUGUAGUGUUUGUAAAGAGAGAGAGAGAGAGGAGAGAGGGAGUACAGUGGAUUAUGGAAAGCAGCUCCUGCCCCAUGAAGUCACAUGUGUUUUUUUUUUAGUGCUCUGCAACCCUCUGCAGUCUGGGCCCUCUUUGUUAGAAGCUUUAUACCUCACACUCCCCCAAGUCUGCAACUCACUGAUUCUCCCUGCAUGUCAAGUUGCUAGGGGACAGCGGUUUACCACAGCCUCUUUAGGAAUGCUUUUGAGCAGGAGAGGAGCUGCGAAGGGAGUGGAGAAUGAAACUGCUUUAUCUGAAAGGCUUAGAGGCAUUUUAGAAACAGCAGGCUGUUGGGAGACAGUAAUCAGAGCGUAGCCACUCAUCCCCGAGUGAAGUUCAGCACUUGCAGUCACCACCUAACAACAGUGAGGGAUGAGGAUUCACUGCAAAUCACACUCACAUUAUCACCACAACCAGCAAGAGCUUAAAAUAUUUAUCUGAACCAACAAGGCCCAACUAUUCACGUCCCGAGUUUGAUAAGGUUCAGUCAUUUCUUGGGCUUUGUCGAGCUUGGGUUCUCUCGUAGGCCAUCUCCCACCUUUAACUGAUUUUGGCAUGUCCCUCUGCUUUAGUUAAACUGGAAUUUAAACUUAUUUCUGAAAAGCUGAUAAUUAGGCUAUUCAAUGUUCAAUUUGGUCAUCAGUGAGCCAAUAAGGGCUGUUUUUGUCACUAUUAUUGAGACAGAAUUUUGUCAGGCUAGUUUAGAUUCUACAGUGGGACUGGGGUGAAGUGUUGAAGUAUAGGCCAAGUUGAAGAAUGUUUUUGGGCUACAUUCAGGUUUGGUUCAAAACUUCAGGUCAAAUUACAGCUCCAUAACCAGCGUGUUGCCAUGCUGCACAUGAACAUAAGAAGACGCUUUUGGUUCAUGGUUGAUGACCAAGGUUAGACAAGAAUGGCUCUUCUCACCAGCAUGAGUGGGAACCGGCUCUCUUCUGGGGGGGGGGGGAUGAGGAUAGUUUCUGUGUGCUGUGCGUGGAUUUGAUUCAGUGCUAUUGCAGAGAGGAUUUGUUUCUCUCUCUGUCUAUCUGUCAGCUCCCAAAUUGUAAACAGUGUAACUUAAUGUUAAGGAACCCUGUGUUGUCUUGGGUGACUCUGAACUUUGAACUCAAACACAAAAGCAAUAGAACAGUACCCAUGGUGCAGUGUGUGCAAUAACAAGGACAUCAUAAUAAACAAUAACCUUCUGCUGUCAUAAAUCUG